AUGGUGGGAAUCAAGCCGGGUCCUGUACAGAUCGUGCUGGUCCACAAAGAAGAACAUUCCUUCGAGUUGGACGAGAAGGCCUUGAGUCAAGUCCUCCUGCAGGAUGCCAUCCGUGAGCUUGACGUGGUGGUGGUGUCCGUGGCGGGCGCGUUCCGCAAGGGCAAGUCUUUCCUGCUGGACUUUCUUUUGCGUUACCUGUACACACAGAAAGAAGACAGCGUUGAUUGGCUGGGGGUGGGGGAAGAGCCCUUGACGGGCUUUUCCUGGCGGGGGGGCUCCGACCCCGAGACCACCGGCAUUCAGAUCUGGAGCGAAGUCUUUAUCGUGAAGAAGCCAAACGGAAAGAAGGUCGCUGUUGUGCUGAUGGACACCCAAGGGGCCUUUGACAGCCAGUCCACCGUCAAAGACUGCGCCACCAUUUUUGCCCUGAGCACUAUGACCAGCUCCGUUCAGAUUUACAACUUGUCCCAAAACAUCCAAGAAGAUGACCUCCAGCAGCUGCAGCUCUUUACCGAAUACGGGCGUCUGGCCAUGGACGAAAUCUUUCUCAAGCCAUUCCAGACGCUGAUGUUCCUGGUGCGGGAUUGGAGCUUUCCGUAUGAGUAUAACUACGGCUUAGACGGAGGCAUGAUUUUCCUCGAUAAACGUCUGGAGGUGAAAUCUCACCAGCAUGAAGAGAUCCAGAACGUUCGCAAACACAUCCAUUCCUGCUUCACCAACGUCAACUGUUUCCUUUUGCCCCAUCCGGGACUCAAAGUGGCCACUAGCCCGAAUUUCGACGGCCGUCUGAGUGACAUCGCUGAUGAAUUCAAGGAUCAGCUGAAGCAGUUGAUCCCCUUCGUCCUGGAUCCCAGUCAGCUCUUGGAAAAGGAGAUCAACGGUUCAAAAGUGACCUGCCGAGGCUUGUUAGAGUAUUUCAAGGCCUACAUUAAGAUCUACCAGGGGGAAGACCUGCCACACCCCAAAUCCAUGUUGCUGGCCACGGCUGAAGCCAACAACCUGGCGGCUGUCGCUUCAGCCAAAGACCUGUAUUACAGCAGCAUGGAAAAGAUCUGUGGCGGAGACAAGCCUUACAUUGCCCCCGAGGUGCUGGAGUCGAAGCACCGGGAGCUGAGCACCAGGGCCGUGGAGCAGUUCCGGCGCAUCAAGAAGAUGGGCGGCCGGGAGUUCAGCCAACGUUACGAGGACGAGCUGACCCAGGAGCUGAGCGACCUCUUCGAAGACCUGUCCAAGCAUAACCAGAGCAAAAACAUCUUCAACACUUUCCGGACCCCGGCCAUCCUCUUCGGCUUCAUCGUGAUACUCUACGUGAGCUCGGGGGUCACCGAGUACAUCGGACUGAGUGUGGUUGCCCAGUUUUGCAACUUGAUAGUGGGGCUGUUGCUUCUCUCCCUGCUAGCCUGGGGCUACAUCCGAUAUUCGGGCGAAUACCGCGAACUGGGCAUAGUCAUUGACAAUACAGCGGAGUUCGUGAUGCAGAAGAUACGGGCUGUGGGGUCACCUACCCAUGCGCCCCCCUCCAGGGAGGAGCCUGUGGCCCCCACACCGCACAGGAAGUCUCAGUGAACGAAGCAGCGCGGUGAGGUCUGAACCCCAAAAUGUCAUUGGUGACGGUGGGAUCACCACAAUCUG